AACAGUUUGUGACGUUGGACAAGCUGCAAUGACAUGUUUACAAAACAUAAUAAUAAACAGUAUUCUAUCUACGUCGUGAUUUGUUUCUGAAGUUGCUUUCUUUGUCAGCUGUUUUGUUAAGUUAUAUCCUGUUAACGUUCAUUUGUACAUAGAAUCUAUUACAAUAAGUUAUUGUAAAAAAAAUAUGUUCAAACAUGGAUGCCAUGUUUGAUAUAUGCUACCUUUCGCCUGAUGGAAAUAACGUUGAACCUGAUGAUAUUCCUAAAACAAAAGACAAUGUUUGGAUACUGGGUAAAAAAUACAGCGCGGUGCAAGAUCUAGACCGAAUUAGGCGUGAUAUAAGUUCCAUCAUCUGGUGUACAUAUAGAAAAGGAUUUGUCCCUAUAGGGGAUGAGGGUCUCACGUCGGACAAAGGAUGGGGUUGUAUGUUACGAUGUGGACAGAUGGUACUUGGAGUAGCUCUUGUGAGAAUACAUUUAUCCUCAGAUUGGGUAUGGACUCCAGAAACAAGAGAUCCAACAUAUUUAAAAAUAGUUCAAAGAUUUGAAGAAAGGAAACAAGCACCAUAUUCAAUUCAUCAGGUUGCAUUGAUGGGGGCUUGUGAAGGGAAGGAAGUUGGUCAAUGGUUCGGACCCAAUACUGUUGCACAAGUGCUCAAAAAACUAGUUGUAUAUGAUAAAUGGAGUUCCCUGGUCAUCCAUGUUGCUUUAGAUAAUACUGUUGUUAAAGAAGAUAUCUUGCAACAAUGCAUUGUAAAUAACGACAGAGGGGACUCAUCAGAUAACCCAGACAAUAUUAUUGUGUCAGAUUGGAUGCCACUGUUAUUAAUAGUACCUCUUAGACUUGGACUAAGCGAAAUUAACCCUGUAUAUAUUGAUGGACUAAAGAUUUGCUUCCAAUCGCCGCAAUCAGUUGGUGUGAUUGGCGGUAAGCCCAACCAGGCUCUGUACCUUAUAGGUUGUGUUGGCGAUGAAGUUGUGUACUUAGAUCCACACACAACACAACGGUCCGGUUUAGUUGAGAAUAAAAUAACAGAUGAACAGAAGGAAAUGGAUUGCACAUAUCAUUGUAAAUAUGCUUCGAGAAUACCUAUGCUCUCCAUGGAUCCUUCGGUGGCUGUGUGCUUCCUUUGUCGAACGAAACGAGAUUUUGAUGAGUUAUGCAUAACAAUAGAGAAUAAAUUAAUGCAAGAAAGCCAACCUCUAUUUGAAAUUUGUGAAAAGCGACCUGCUCAUUGGGGACCAAGUAUUAACGAUAUUGAUUUGCAGAACACCACACUUUUCACAGAGUUUGAAGAAGUGGAUCGGCAGUUUGAUGAUUCAGAUGAGGAAUUUGAGAUCCUUUAAAGCAACGAGAAAAAUAUAUAUGUUAAUUAUCAUCACAAUGAAAUUUGUUUUUGUUUCACAAUUUAUGUUUGAGUGCAGUGCAAAUGCAUUUUGUGUUCUUUAGUUUUUUAUGUAGGUAGAUAAUUUUUACGUCAAAUGGAUCUUUUUUUAUGGAAUGGAAUUUUGUAGAAAUGGUACGAUCAAGCCAUUAUUGAUCACUGUAUGAAAUUUAAAUGUUACUCGAUAUAACGCACUGGUAAAAAUCAAUAUAGAUUGAAGCUAUUGUGCCUAAGAAAAUAUUAAUAAUAAAUAUUACUAUAUUUUAUAA